CGUCACACGAAACUUCGAAAAAUCAACCAUUCUGAAAUGAGUAACUUUUGAAAUAAAAAAGAAAUUACAUACUUUUCACCGAACCUCCCUAACCAACCACAAAUUUGACACAAUUCAAAAUUCCCCAGUAAUUAAAACCUCGAGACAAGAAUAAAAUCCAUUAAAACUCCAUAAACCGUCUACAAUUUUACAAAAUGAAGAUUCAAUUACGACAGAAUGCAAGUACAGGUACCAGUUACAGCAAACAAACUCCAAACUACUAUCAGGACGACGAAACAUAUGUGUAUACCGAGAUCACAGAAUAUUUAAUCUCCCAGAAACCAAAAUUUCGAAUCUUGUCCACUUCAAACCUCGAAAUCUCGUCAUUACCAUUACGUAGGAGUCUCUUUGCUCACGUACCACCCUUUAUAACCUUCCAGAGGAAAGAAGCCUCACAACAACUUCCCCCAGAAAUCACAAGACAUCUUUUUUGGUUGGUUUCCAAAAAUUCGUUGGAGUUAAUUUUCUCCGUCGUAAAAAAAUCCGGAUUUUCCCCGACAAAGAAGCUCAAUUCUAAUUGGUGCGGGACCUGGUGGAAGGAAACCCUUGUACAACACACAAAACCGUUCUCAAAAGUCAACCAUUUCCCCAGUGGCAGCCAUUUUGGUAACAAAAUCCAACUUUGGAAACGUAUUAAAAAAAUGCAAAGAAAACACGGUUUUAAAAAUUUCGAUUUCAUGCCUCUGUCUUUCGUCUUGCCAAAGGAAUUGGAUUCUUUGAGACAAUAUACAAGACAAAAUGGCGGAUGUUGGAUACUAAAGCCUCCAAACUCUUGCGCGGGCGAGGGAAUAUCCAUAAUCAGUGAUUUAAAAAAAAUUCCAAAAAAACCUUUAAUUUGUCAAUUUUACAUUUCUAUACCUAAAUUAAUUAAUGGCGUCAAAUUCGACAUUCGAUUGUACGUUUUGGUGACCAGUAUCGAUCCUUUAAGGAUUUACCUUUAUGAAAAUGGCCUCGUCAGGUUUGCAACUGUCAAAUAUUUAAACAAUCCAACGACAUUCCAAAACAGAUUUAUGCACUUGACGAAUACAAGCGUGAAUAAAAAUAGCCCAAAUUUCAUAAAAAACGUUAAUUUGAACGAAAACAAGGGGAGUAUGUGGUCCAUGACUUAUCUGUGGAAGUAUUUGGGGUCUGAGUGUGACGUGGACACUGUAUGGAUCUGGGAUAGGAUCAAGGAAAUUGCGGUUAAAACUGUGAUUAGUAUGGAAUCAAUUCUGGUGAAAAAUUUGAAGAAUUGGAAUUCGUAUAAUUUUUAUCAACUUUUGGGAUUCGAUGUUAUUUUGGAUGGGGAAUUUCGACCAUGGUUGUUGGAGGUUAAUGUGUUUCCCUCGAUGGAGACCGAUACAACACUGUGUGGGAUUGUAAAAGGGCAGUUGGUGGAGGAUUUUUUAAAUUUGGUCGGAUAUCACGUGCCUGAUCUUUUAAGUGAAGAGGAAUUAAGGGUUUUAAAUGGGAUUUAUGAAGAAAAGAAUAUUUGUUUUCAGGGGCAAAUUUAUUCCUGGGGGCUUACGUGGGAGGAUGGGAAGAAACAAUACAAAUUUAGAAAGAUGGCCAUUAGAGAAUUAUAUUUAAAGGAGAUUUUGAAGAGGCUGACGCCAGCUGAUGCUAAAGUUUUGAUUCGACACGAAGAUGAAUUAACAAGGACCGGGAGAUUUGAAAUAAUAUUUCCUACGAAAGAUAGUUUUAGGUAUUUCGAGUUUUUUGAAGAGGUUAGGUAUUAUAAUUUGUUAUUGGAUGCUUGGGAAAAUGAAUACGGCGAAGAGAGAAAGAGAGGAAUUGAAAGAUUGAAGAAACUUUGUAAAAGAAAAUAUCAUUUGCCUUAAAAGAUUGAAUACGACGUGAAGUUUUCGAGUCGGUUGUGAAUUUUUUGGAAUA